CAGUUGCGGGUCCCGUUGAAUUUUACAUCUUUUUUAAUGACUAAAACUCGAUUUUAAUUGCGUGUCACUUGAUUUCCUGCCUUUUUAGCGACAUGGAAGCUCCUCCAUUCAUCGGAGAUUGGUAUCGCGAACGCUUACUCGGCAAAGGUUCCUACGGCACAGUCAAUUUGUGGAAGCACAAGAAAAGUGGCUCGAAUGUCGCAAUAAAAACUUUUAUCUUAUCGGAAGAAGAUGAUCCGUCGUCGGUGGCACGACAAAAGGAACGUUGGGAAUACGAGAUAGAUCUGCUGACAAAUAUCGUAAAAAACGACAAUAUCGUGCGUGCGGUGAAAGUUGAGCCGGCUUUUUUGUCGGAAUUGACGCGUUUAACGAAAAAUAAGCUGCCCGUGUUGUGUUUAGAGUUCUGCGAAGGCGGAGAUUUGCGACGCACGUUAGACAGCAGCGAAAAUACGUGUUGCGGCUUGAAGGAAAAUGAAGUUCGGGCAGUUUUAAAAGCCUUGCGGAACGCAAUCAGCUACUUGCAUCAACUAAAAAUCACGCAUCGUGACUUGAAACCGGAAAAUAUCGUGCUGAAACACGAAAAUGGACGCGUUGUGUACAAAUUAACGGAUUUGGGAGUUGCCAAAGAGCUCGAUCGCAACAGUUUGAAUGCCAGUUUCGUCGGCACAAUGGAAUAUUUGGCGCCGGAACUCUUGCACGGCGGAAAAUAUUCAAAUUCCGUGGAUUACUGGAGCUUUGGCGUCAUCGCUUUUGAGAUAAUUUGCGGGAUGCGACCAUUUUUGCCACAUUGUCCGAUCGCUAGAUGGCUCGUGUACGCCCAAAAGAAGAAUUCCGAUCACAUUUGCAUCACGGAAGACAAUCAAGGCAACUAUACUUAUCACAAAACGGUCCUUCCGGAGAAUCGUACGUGCCGAAAAUUACUUAAACAUCUCGAAAAGUGGCUUUCCAUCGCUCUGGAAUGGAAUCCGAAGCAACGUGGAUAUGCUUUUGAGUCCGCAGUAAAGAACGAUUCAAGUACCAAAUCUGUUCAGUUCGCGGAAAAGCCCGAGCCGGCAUUAAAAAUAUUCACUUUACUCGACGAAGCACUCGAAAAACGCCUUUUAACGGUAUUCUCCUUGCACAAUUAUCAAUUUUACGAAUUUGAAAUCACUGAAAAUACAACAAUGAAUGAACUUUUACUCGAAAUUAGCAAAGAAACGACAAUUCCGGUGCCAGAAAUUGAAGCUUUCUUACCACUGGAGCAACAAAUGGACCGAAUUGAUGAACAAACAAAGCCAAUUUUCUUGUUUAACCCGGAUUUGAGUGACUCUCCGAUGCUAUAUGUGCUCAAAAGUGGUCAAAUUUACAACCAAGUCGUGCCGCCACAGAUUCCCAAAAGCAUUCAAGACGUCUUCCGCGAUGCCAAAGUCAAGUUGAAAGCACAUACACUGCGUCAUUUUGCCAGAAAUUCCGUUUUUUUCGUGCAAAACGAGCAAAAACUCUAUGCGACGCUCAUGAAAGCGAUCAAAACGUACGCCUUGUGCUUGAACGAUCGCAUUAUCAAGAGCAAACCUUCGAUCAUUCAGAUGCUGCGGAACAGUUUCACUUUGAAAGGUGCCAUGAACGAAUUUAAUGAGAACGUGGAACACACCAAAACGAAAAUCCCGGAAGUAUUAUCGCAAUCGUACUUUGAUCAAUGCUCCAAAGUGGAAUCCAACAUCAACGCAUUGUGCGAAGCUUCGGAACGGAUCUCGCGACGUUAUGAUUCCGCGCUGCGACGAAGUCAAGAAGCGAUAAAUGCCGAAAUUCUCAAAUCUGAAAUCGAGGAUGUUUACAAUACGAAAGUACUUAAUGUUCAAUUUAACUUGAUUCGCACCCAAAUUGCCGAAAGAAAGCCUCUGGAUGAAAAGUCGCACAUCAACAUCUUGAACAGCGUUUAUGGGUGUCUUAAAAAACGCGAUAAAAUCCUUCUUGGCACGAAUUUGAGCGAAUUGAGUCAAAAACUCGUUCAUGUCAAGACCGAAAUGAAUGAAAUUAUGAAAGCGGCGGAAAUGGCGGAAUCCACGAAAAAUGCCCUUAAACGAGCGUUAUGCAAAUUAUCCAUGGAACAUCAAAAUACCGUUUGGUCGUUGGUGCCAGCGACAAAAAUCGGCGAAAUGGCGACGAAAAAUCAUCCGGAAUACUUGCCCGACUUUGAGGGAAUUUUGCCGCCAGUUGAUUUUAAAGUUGGAGAUGCCGUUACGAGUCUUCGCGAGACGCAUGGCAACAAAGUUUUGUGCUUCGGUGAAGGAAAUGACACAAAAUCGUUGUUGUCGGACUGCCAAACGCUCAUUUUAACCACAGACGAGAUCCUGAAUGAGGGAAUUAAGUUUAUGCAGGAGAUUGAAUCGAUGUAGCUUCCUUAGUAUUGAAUUAUUAUUUAUUGUUUGGAUUGUUU